UUAAAUUCAUUAAAUUUUUUAUCUUGCACACGCAAAUUAAAAUAUCCAAAAAAUAUUAUACUCAAAGAAAAACGAGAAUUCAUUUAGCAGGAGACUGACUCUAUUGGUGCUUUGGGUAGCGUUAUGUCAAGUGGUCAUUGUUAUAUAAGACGUUUGGAAGUUUUGUUUUGUAAAUUUACACAUUUAAAAUAAAUGCUUGUGUCAAAUAAAAAACUUAUACUUUAUGUCAACGGGCAACUAUAGAAGUCUCCCAUGUUAUGAUAAUCAUGGAGUCACGCAGCAAUAAUACAUUUUGCUUGCGCUACAGUAAAACGUUAGAUAAUGUGCACUAAUUAUCUUGUAGCUUAAAAAAUAAAUCGGAAAACUAAUUUCCAAAAAAUUUUCCUGUAAAAACAUUUUUUUUUAGCUGUGUUAACUUUUAUAAGUUGACUUCGAUGAUAUCACCUUGUCGCUAAUAGCUGAGAAACAUGAAUUAAAGCUACGCCGCAGUGGUGUAAAAGUGAUCACGUGAUGUGGACGAAAAUAUAUUAAAAAAAUACACGAACGAAAAAAAAAAAAAUACUCAUCCUGCCGGGUAUUGAAAUCUGUAAAAUUUUCCCUUCAGCCAGACGUCCUGACAGCCGUAGAAAAAAAGUCGCACAGUGUACCGAGUCAUCCAAGUUGACAAUUUAGUUCCGUACCAUAAUUAUGUCUGAACAUACCGUAAAUAAAGCACGGCCGUACCAUAAUUAAAGUAUCUUCCCAAACCCGGCCGCGCCGCAUUCGUCCUAUUCCGCCGCUUCAGUGGCGCGCCAACCUCGCUGCGGUGCGGACGCGUCCGUGGGCGGAGAUCUGGCUGCUGCUUCUCCCCCACCGCCGCGACGACGAUAUUUUCGGGAGAGAGAAAAAAAAAAACAGGGGGGGAGGAAAAGUUCGCAGUGCCGGGUGUGUGUGUGUGUGUGUGUGUGUUUUUACUCUCUCCGCGUCCUCAAAAAAAAAAAAAAACAGAAACUCCGACCGCAGGGCUGAAAUCUGUUCUCUGGUGCGGCGUGGAAAUCGCGCGCUGCGGACGACCGCGUAACGCGCGCACGGGGGGAAAAAAAACUCGAGGGUCGCUGAAGAAGUGUCGUGUGUCGUGUUGAAGGGAAGGGAAAAGGGAAGGGGUUACAGGUUCGUCGGGGCUGGUGGGUCGGUGGGUGAGGAGGUGGAGGGGUGGGGGGGUCUUCGUCGGCGGCGGUCCACCCAUGUGCCGGCGGCGGCGCGCGAGCGCGACAGCGGUCGACGGACGCGGCCCACGCGCUACCCGGCUCCAUGACGGAGUAGCGGCUGGCUGGGGGGUAGACGACGACGACGCCGGGAGGAAGACGCCAACCCCCGGCCGACUACAUGCUGGCCCUCCGAGGAGCGCAGCUCGGUACAGCAGUGAUCGCCAUCCUGUGUCUAACACUCUGCGGGUUGUUCGAACAAGGUGAAGCUGGCGUGACGGACGCCUCCACGCCGAUACCCCGCCACCAGCCGUACCUGCAGGAAGGUACCACCGCCUCCUCGCCCAGCGCCGCCUCCCAGCCCAGCACCGCCCCCGCGGCGGCGGCCCACGUCUGGCGCAGGGACGCGUUCGGCCUCCGCGACGAGCCCGUGGACGAGAAGUGCGCCGCCUUCGUCGUCGGUGACCCCGACAGGAAGGAGUUCUACUCGCCUGGCCACCCGGGCAACUACCCCAACCACACGGACUGCGUCAAGGUCAUCGCUGCGGACGUGCACCAGCAGAUCAUGCUGGACUUCAAGGACGGCUUCAACCUGGAGGAGAGCGACAAGUGCAAGUACGACUACCUGGAGGUGCGCGACGGAGCGCACGGCUUCGCCAAGGAGCUGGGCCGCUUCUGCGGCCGCAACUACCCGCACCUCAUCCAGUCGUCCACCAACUACCUGUGGCUGCGCUUCCACUCGGACGAGAACAUCGAGGACCGGGGGUUCACCGCCUUCUACACGCUCGUGCCCAGACCCACCUCAGACGUGCCGCCGCUGGACCUGUGCCACGCGGAGCUGGACGGCGACGAGGGCGUCAUCAACGAGACCAGCGUGGACGAGGAGCGCGUGCAGGUGUGCCGGGAGAACUACGUGCCGCUCGACUGCAUGUGGGUCAUCCGCGCCAAGCCGGGCUGGAAGAUCUCGCUGAACUUCACGGCGUUCAGCCUGGCGUUCGCCAACGACUGCGUCAACAACUUCGUGGACGUGUUCUCGAACAACACGAACCUGUCGUCGCGCACGAAGCAGUUCUGCGGCUCGGUGGCAGACUCGGUCGUCAGCGACAUCAACAUCAUCCACGUGCGCUACUACGUCACGGCCAAGGCGCUGUCGUCCAGGUUCCAGGUGGUGUACACGGCCUUCAGGGAGCAGGGCGCCGUCAAAGGCUGCAAGGCGGAUGAGUUCGACUGCCAGGACGACACGUGCAUCAUGGCCACGCUCACGUGCAACGGCAACAGCAACUGCCGCUUCAACUGGGACGAGGAGGAGAAGCUGUGCAAGCCGGCCAUCGAGACCUUGCAGCAGCUCACCUCGGUCAACAUCAUCAUCAUCCUCGUGGUGUUCUGCCUCAUGCUGUCGGGCAUGUGCUGCGCCUUCCUCUACAAGUGCACCAGCAAGCUGAUGCACGACCACCGGAUCAUCAGGGAGCACAUCCGCCAGUCUCGCGAGAGCCGGCUGGACCACACGGGCAAGACGGACAUCUCGUCCCCGCAGGCCGCCUCCACGGGCCGCAGCGACAGCAGCAGCGGGGGCGGCUGCGGCCCGCUGUCGCCGCCGCACGUCCUGCGCGCCGCGCCGCCGCCGGCCGCCGCCGAGUGCUACGUGCCCGCCGCCGCCGCCGCGGACCUGGUGCCCGCCAACGGCGACGCGGUCUUCCUGCGCGAGGUGGCCUUGCUCGCCGCCUCCGCCUCGCAGGACGGCGACGACGAGCUGGAGCUGUCGACCCUGCCGGCUCCAGACACGCGCGACAACGAGUGCCAGACGCGCGAGUCGCUGUUCGCCAGCAACACCGGCUCGGAGCGCAGCGACACCCCGCCGCCGCCGCCGCCGCCGCCGAGCAGCGCGGCGUGGUUCCCGCCCGGGGACCCGGUGCCCGUCCUGCCGAGGCCGCCGCCGCCCCCGCACGGCUUCUCCACCUUCGGCCGCGCGCCGCCCCCGCACCAGCACCGCCUCAAGGACGCCGCCUCCGCCGCGAAGAGGUUCCGCGCCGAGGCGGUCAUCGAGGUGGAGCAGACCCAGGCGCGGGCCUUCAGCGUCGACUCCACCAAGUCCGCGCCGGACGUGAUCGUGACCCACUGACGGCGGUGACCCGUCGGCUGGGAGCCGUACCGCCGCCGGCUCCCCCGACAGCACCUGCACAUCUGCGGGCGGCGCGAGGCGUCCACCCAGUGCGGCGGCGGCGAGGACCCGGGGCGCGCGCAGGCCUCAUGACGAAGUCCGUAGCCGCCUCGCCGUCGUCCCCCGGGUCCCCCCGUCCUCCCGGACUCCGAGGACCCGGAUCCUGCGACCAGCGUGGACAGACGAUCAAGACAUAAGUUACGUACAUGUUCCGACACGCGCCUACGCAGAGGUUAAUGUUGCGUGUGAAGACCACCCGUCACACGCUCCGAACAUCUUCAUUCGUCGAUCGAGCCUGUUCCACGCGAGGAUCUCAUAUCAAAUACACUUGCACACUUGGACAAUAAACUUCAGAGAUCAAAAAAAUAUAUAUCGCAGACACGUGUUUCUCGGAACUCCGCGGGAAGAUGGAAUACGUUUGAAGAUUGAACGUGUUUUUUUUUUUGGACAGUAGAAGCUUGGGCUCGAACCUGCGGCUGGUUUAAAACUCAAAGCUGAGCCAGGCCGUGUUUGAAUUCUUUAGAAGUAAUUUACUUACAUGUUACCUGUCAACCGGAAGAGAUAUCACGUGGGUUGCCCGAACAGGAAGUGAAAUAUGAAAGAAAGUAAACGAAUCUGUGUACUUUUUCGCGUACUCAGAGUUAAAUAAACAUCGCAUUUUUUUUAAGUUUUGUUUGUUACAUUUGGUAAAAAAAUUAAUUUAAAAUAUUUUAAAAACUUUUCCCAUUUAUAUGCGAGUUAUUAAUACAUGGGAUAAAAUAUUUACGUUAAACGUAGUUCACAAAUGCGUUUUAACACAUGCGCCUCAAGGGAAAGUGAAGUACGUAAGGGUCACAAGUACACGACUGCAUACUUGAAUUCGAACACGGCCUUAGUCUCGAAAGAAAAGAAAAUGGCUGGCUUUAGUUGCGGUUAAUACAAAUGAAGACACGGUGUAAAGAGUUUUAAAGGCUCGUUCGUAAGGGAAUUAUUAUAUUUUGUCAGAUAAUAGAAUAUGAUAAGAGCACUUAGAGGUAAAAAAAUAAUAAUUUUUUUUUUUUAAAUUUUUCUGAAAUACAAUUGUGGCACUCGAACACUUUCGACAGGAGCCUAUCCAAAAA